AAAAUGUUUGGGACAGUAAGCGAUUGUUCCCGGCCGCCAAUUAAAUCGACAUCACUCUCCAAGCUCCAAUCCCAUCUCUUUCUCCGGCGAGCUCAUCGGAAUCUCCUUCUUAUUUCCUGCAAAGUUGCGCUGACUUGAUUUCCGAGUGUAAUCAGAUCCUAAGAUGACAAUUUCUUACUCUCCUUGCUUUCGGCCCCUGAAAGUUUUCCCUAGAAGCAAUCAUAUUCGUUCUAGCGGCACUCAGACCUUCAAACGGUAUAAUGUAGUGGCAUGUACUAAAAAAUCACAUGAAGAUAUCAGUCUUGAAGCAAAGGUUGAUUUCUUAUUAGAUAAUGUCAAAUGGGACGACAAAGGCCUGGCAGUUGCAAUAGCCCAAAAUGUUGAUACAGGAGCGGUCUUAAUGCAAGGGUUUGCCAACAGAGAAGCUCUGUCAACAACCAUCUCAUCACGUAAAGCAACAUUUUAUAGCCGGUCACGUUCAUCUUUAUGGACAAAAGGAGAGACCUCCAAUAAUUUUAUCAAUGUUUUUGAUGUCUUUCUUGAUUGUGAUCGUGAUUCUAUAAUAUAUCUUGGGAAGCCUGAUGGCCCAACAUGCCACACGGGGUCAGAGACAUGUUAUUACACAUCAGUUGAUGGAAUCCUGAAACAUUCUGAGGUUGAGAAAAAUGAGCUGGCUAUGACGACUUUAUACGCAUUAGAAUCUACAAUCAACGAAAGGAAAGCAGAAACAUCUAGUUCUUCAAAUGGAAAACCCUCGUGGACGAAGCGAUUGUUGCUUGAUGACAAGUUGCUUUGCUCCAAAAUUCGGGAGGAGGCUGACGAGUUAUGCCGAACUCUGGAGGAAAAUGAGGAUAAAGGACGGACUGCCUCAGAGAUGGCAGAUGUCUUGUAUCAUGCCAUGGUUUUGCUUUCUCUUAGAGGAGUAAAAAUUGAGGAAGUUCUGCAGGUCCUUAGACAAAGGUUUUCAAAGUCAGGCAUUGAAGAAAAGAAUAGUCGGAAAUCCUAGGACAAAUGGGCAUACAGUUGUUGAAGGCCUCAUUACGAUCCACAAAGGUUCUUAGUUAUGUUUUCUGCACAGGAGAGAGGCUUACUCCAGUCCUAAUGUCGUAAAGGGAGAUCCAUGAUAUGAUUGAAGGGAGAUCUUUGAAUUCUCCUAUGUAAUAUAGACCUUAUUAACGAUAUUGUGCUAAACUAUGGGAACAUAUAUGAACAACAUUCCAGUAGUCGGCAGAGACAGGAAUUGGGGUCAUCCAGUGUUAAUUUCUCUCUUUUUCUUCAUCAGUGUUGUUAUUUUUCUAGAUGUACCUGAGAAGAAUGGUUUGAUUAUUGUUCAACUCUGUUCAUUUUGCAUUGAAGGCAUUUCUGCAUAUGAUAUAUAGCAAGUUAAAGUA